GUCUUUACGGAUGUUGCGUCACAGCUGCUUUAAAGCGGACCGAGUCGCGAGCGUUCAGGCCACAAAUGAUCUCGGGGAACAUGGACCGUGUUUGAGACUUAAAAACGAACCAAAAACUGCGCGCCUUCGCCUGGACUUAACAUCCGGACUCAACCGGGACAGAACCGCCACCGAAACUGGAUUCCACCUCGAGUGUCGGAGCUUUUAAAACCGGAGUGAAGGCGCUACAUUAGCCGGGCCUUCCUCCCACAAUGGCUGACACCGAGGUCUCCUUGUCUCCAUCUCUCCUGCCGCUCCACCUUAGCCCCUCCCACUCUGCUCCACCUCCUCUGCCAGACGACUCCUCCCCCACCACAUUCUCUUGCCCCUCCUCACCCUCCAGCGCCUCCUCCUCCUCUUCUUCCUCGUCCUCUUCCUCCUGCUCUGAGAGCUCCUCAGACUGCCCCAACCACCACCAUCACCGUCACCACCACCAUCAUCCUCGGCCUCAGCUGCAGCUGCCCCCGCCCCCCCAUGGCGAGCAGUCGUCCUCCCCCAGCGCCAGCCCUCGCAGCUCCAGUCCGAGCGGGAGCAUCGGCAGCAGCAGCGCCAGCGAGGGCACCUGCAGCAGCGGCGUGUCGAGCGGCGGCGACCAGCGAGGUCCGAGUCCCCUGCUGGACAUCAUCUCGGAGGACGCCAUGGAGAUGGACCUGGGGGUCGACCCAGUGAUCGAUCCGGAGGUGGCGCUGAAGGCCUGCCAGGAAGUGCUCCUUAAAGUCAAAAUGUUGGACAACAAACAGGACGAGCACCAACAGGACACGGACGUCCCGGAGCGCUGCAGCCCACAGUGGCUCAUCAACCCGGACACGGGCUCCAUCAGAGAGGAAGAUGAGGAUGAAGACGAGCGUCAAAGAGACGCAGCUAAAACCCGGCGGGACCCGGCGUCCUCAGCAAAGCUGGAGUCGUCCUCGCAGUCGACGUCCAAACAGUCGUGGCUGCUGCGCCUGUUCGAGUCCAAGCUGUUUGACGUUUCCAUGGCGAUUUCUUACCUGUAUAACUCCAAGGAGCCGGGGGUGCAGGCGUACAUCGGAAACCGCCUCUUCAGUUUCCCCGACCGCGAGGUGGACGUUUACCUGCCGCAGCUCCUUAACAUGUACGUGCACAUGGACACGGAGGUGGGGGACGCCAUCAGACCCUACCUGAUCCAUCGCUGCAAGUCGAGCAUCACCUUCUCUCUGCUGUCGGCCUGGCUGCUGGGCGCCUACUCCUCCGACAUGCACAUCUCCACGCAGCGUCACUCCAGGGGCACCAAGCUGCGGAAGCUCAUCCUGUCGGACGAGCUCAAACCUCCCGGUCCUCCCUCCGAAGCUCCUCGGUCCGUUUCUGGGUCGGUUUCCAGCAGUCCACUGUCGUCGCCGCCCCACCUCCGCUGCCACCGCAGGCACAACAGCAGUAACGUGGACCCGUCCUCCGGCCCCCUCCCGGACCGCUCCGAUCAGGGGGAGGCGUUUGUUUCCCCGACCAGGAGGACGCAUCAGAGGUCCAAGUCGGACGCCACCAUGGUGAGCAGUGGAUCCAGCGCCAGCCUCAGACGGACGGGGAGCAACCCGAAGGUGGAGGCUGUCCAUGAAGAGCCGGAGCGUCUUCGUCCUCAGAGGGAGUUUGUCAAGUCUCUGUUUGGCAUCGGGAAGCGUUUGGCCACGCUGCCGACCAAAGAGCAGAAGACCCAGCGGCUGAUCUCGGAGCUGUCGCUGCUCAAUCACAAGCUGCCAGCUCGUGUGUGGCUGCCCACCGCCGAUCACCAGCACCACGUCUGCAGAGUCCCCCACACCCAAGCUGUGGUCCUUAACUCCAAGGACAAGGCUCCCUACAUCAUCUACGUGGAGGUUUUGGAGUGCGAGAGCUUCGAGACGUCUCCUGUUCCGGCUCGGAUCCCAGAGACCAGGAUCCGUACGGCCCACUCUGCAGAGAACCUGGACUGCGGCACGGCGGCUAACGUGAACAGCAGCAUGACGUCGGAGCACAGAGCGGGAAGUUUCUCCACCGUCCCAAAUUACGACAACGACGACGAGGCGUGGGCCACCGACGAUAUCGGACAGCUGCAGGUGGAGGGGGAGGCUCAGACCAGCAGCAGUGACAACAUCAGCCAGUUUUCAGUGGACAGCAUCACAAGUCUGGAGAGCAAAGAGCCGGUGUUCAUCGCUGCUGGAGACAUCAGGCGGCGUCUGUCGGAGAACCUCGCUCAAACACCCACCUCGUUCAAGAGGGACCCCGAGGACCCGUCAGCUGUGGCCCUCAAAGAACCCUGGGAGGAGAAAGUCAGGCGGAUCAGAGAAGCCUCUCCGUACGGUCACCUUCUUAACUGGAGGCUGCUGUCGGUCAUCGUGAAGUGUGGAGACGACCUUCGGCAGGAGCUGCUGGCCUAUCAGGUCCUCAAACAGCUGCAGUCCAUCUGGCAGCAGGAGAGAGUUCCUCUGUGGAUCAAACCAUAUAAGAUCCUGGUGAUGUCGUCAGACAGCGGGAUGAUCGAGCCCGUCCUCAACGCCGUUUCUCUGCACCAGGUGAGAAAACAGAGUCAGCUGUCUCUGCUGGACUACUUCCUGCAGGAGCAUGGCAGCUUCACCACGGAGGCUUUCCUCACUGCUCAGAGGAACUUUGUUCAGAGCUGCGCCGGAUACAGCCUCAUUUGUUACCUGCUGCAGGUCAAGGACAGACACAACGGGAACAUUCUGUUGGACUCUGAAGGCCACAUCAUCCACAUCGACUUCGGUUUCAUCCUUUCCAGCUCUCCUCGCAACCUCGGCUUCGAGACGUCGGCCUUCAAACUCACAUCAGAAUUUGUAGACGUGAUGGGGGGUCUUGAUGGAGACAUGUUCAUCUACUACAAGAUGCUGAUGCUGCAGGGUCUGAUAGCAGCCAGGAAGCACAUGGAGAAAGUGCUGCAGAUAGUCGAGAUCAUGCAGCAAGGUUCCCACCUGCCGUGUUUCCAUGGCUCCAGCACCAUCCGAGGCCUGAAGGAGCGUUUCCACAUGUCCCUGACGGAGGAGCAGCUCCAGCUGCUGGUGGAGCAGCUGGUGGACGGAUCCAUGCGCUCCAUCACCACCAAACUCUACGACUCCUUUCAGUACGUCACCAACGGCAUCAUGUGACCCGCCACGCCGGGAAGAGACGCCGCGUGUGCAGCGCGGCUUCAGCUUUCCUCCAUUCUUUGCGAAUCGGGAGCUCCACGUUGCUCCGGCUCGAUUUACCGGAAACAAAUUUUGUGAUUCUUCUGGAAUCUGGAUCAGAUUAUUAUUAUUAUUAUUUUUUUUUUUGUUAGGAUCUUGGAAAGUACAGAAUCUGGAACUUUACCGGAUCAACAGACACUAUAGAAAAGGCCAGAGGUGCAAAAAACAAAACCUGAGCUGAAUUUCUUUGAAACCUGAAGGACUUCUGGACUCGACUCUGAACCAGCUCAGGAGCUUUGGUUUGCUUUACUGAUCGGUUUUGGGACGCAUGGCCACUUCUGAACGGAUUUGAUCAAGAAGGACGUCGUCAUUUCAUCAAGAAGGAAAUAAUCAUUUUACUUUAAACUCCCGACACCUGCUCCGUGCAGCUUAAAACGCAAAAUGUCACCACUUUUGACUUAAUCGGUCGCAUCGUGAAGAAAGAUUUGCACAUUGAGCUGAAACCGCUAUUAUGAAAGUGGUCAACUGAAAUUGAUUGAUUAGAAAAACUAAUAACUCUACCAAAAACAACAACAGGUCCAUAUCCUGCUGCAUCGACCAGAAGCUAAGACGACAGCAGCUUGUUCCUCGUUUGAUAAAGUUCGACGGGGCAGCAAACACCAGCAGGGCGUCUCCACCGAUGAGGAACUUC